AUGAAGAAAAUAGAUUUUGAUGUGGCCAUCAUCGGCGCUGGUGUUGCUGGGAUCAAUGCGGCCUACCGCUUCCAGUCUGAAGGACCCAAAGGUAUGACCUACGCCGUGUUGGAAGGCCGCGAUGCCAUCGGCGGCACAUGGGACUUGUUCAAAUAUCCUGGUAUCCGGUCGGACUCAGACAUUUUUACUUUUGGCUUCGAAUGGAACCCCUGGGAAAAGCAAGAGACGCUCGCUAUGGGCCCAGAGAUCAAGGAAUACAUGGAGCGCUCCGCCGCUGACAACGGCAUCGACAAACAUAUUCGGUUCCGGCACCGAGUGACAGCUGCCAACUGGAGUCCCAAGAAGAAAUGCUGGGAGUUGACGGUGUACGCUAAUGGUGACACUGAACAUCCCAUCUUUUACACGACACGAUUUAUUUACCUUGGUACUGGUUACUACGAUUACGAAGAACCACUACAAAGUAUGAUACCUGGUAUCGAGAAGUUUCAGGGGAAAAUCAUCCAUCCUCAAUUCUGGCCCAGCGAUUACGACUACAAGCGGAAAGAGAUGGUUGUGAUUGGGUCAGGCGCCACGGCCAUAACCAUUGUUCCCUCGGUCGCUGAGAAAGUUAAGCAUGUCACGAUGCUGCAACGCAGUCCGACAUACGUCAUGCCAUUGCCCAAUCGUGGUCUUAUGGUUGUUUUUCUUUUCAAGCUUUUCCCUCGCCGCAUGGCUCAUUGGAUCAAUCGCUGGGUUUGGAUCAUCCAAGUGUAUGCGCUGAUUCAGCUGUGCGGUGUUGCACCAAGGCUAGUCAGAAGAUAUGUGCGGUACGAAAACGAGAAGCACCUACCGCCCUGCGUCAGCUGGAAUCCUCAUUUCAACCCUCGCUACAACCCCUGGGAGCAACGCAUGUGCGCUUCCAUGGAUGGCGAUCUGUUCGCGGCCCUGCGAAGCGGAAAAGCCAGCGUUGUGACGGACACCAUCGACACCGUGACCGAGCGCAGCAUCAAGCUCAAAUCCGGCCAGGACUUGCACCCAGACGUUAUCGUUACGGCAACCGGGCUGCGCCUUCUUUUUGGAGGCGGCAUCAGGUUCACAAACGAUGGAGAGGAUAUCACAGUGCCAAAUCGUUUCCUGUGGAGAGCUGGCAUGCUUCAAGACACACCAAACCUCUUCUUCACCGUCGGAUUUGAGAACGCAUCCUGGACACUAGGAUGCGACUGCGCCGUGUAUGUCAUGAUUCGUGUCAUCAAACAGAUCGAGGAAGCCAACGGCACAUUUGCCUAUCCUUACAUGACGAGGGAGCGCGCCGAAACGAUGACUCUUCAACCCCAUUUUACGCUCCAGGCGAGCUAUCUCAAGGGUGCGUACGAGAAGAUGCCAAAAGGUGGAACAGGCGUCUGGGCACCAAGAGACAACUACAUGACAGGGCUUUUGCAAGCAAAAUAUGGUGAUGUCAAAACAGAUCUGGUCAUAAAAUGA